AUGGCUUCUUUCCAUGUUCGAUCUAUCAGUUUACCUACAAGCUCCCGCACUCUCACUCUUGCAGUCGAGGAACAGUUACACCAAUUAAAAGCCACUGAACAAGCCACUUCAUCUUCAUUGAUCUGCCAGAACUUAUCCGGUCUUAAAGAUUUAUAUGAACGUGUUGAAGAUUUCCUUUCUACCCAAGACGGAAAAUGCUUAGACUCCGGUUUGGAUGGAUCUAUCAGGUUGUUGGAUGUUUGCAGUAUUACCAAAGAUGUUUUGUCUCAAAUGAAACAAUCUGUUCAAGAACUACAAUCAUCCAUUCGUAGACGAUCAAAUGAAGUUUCCGGAUACAUGAUCUCAAGAAAGAAGAUCAUUAAAGUGAUCCGAAAGUGCCUCUCAAAUCUAAAAGACAGCAAGAAGAUCGAAACAGAAGGUAGUAUACUAAGAGAAGUUGAAGCUACUACUCUUGCCGUUCUUGAGUCCCUAUUGUCCUUUGUGUCUGAACCAAGACAAAGCAAGUCAUUGAUCUCUAAACUGAUCCUCACAAAGAGAGUUGUACACAAGUGCGAAGAAACUUCCGAAGUAAUGGAGGUUGACACCGCAGUGAAAGCCCUUACCAAAGGCGUCGAAGUAGACAAUGUACAAAAGACAUUGAAAGCCCUUGAAAUGACCCUUGAAGAUCUUGAAGAUGGACUAGAAUCUGUCUUCAGAUGUUUAAUCAAAAACCGAGUUUCACUCCUCAACAUCGUCAACCAGUAG